UCAAUUCUUUUUUCAUAAACAGUCCACGUCUGCUCAAGUAUGGUUCCACUUCCUCUGUUGAAAGUUCACCUCACACUGGAGGAGCAAGAACAGGUAGUGAGAGGGGAAGCAUCGAAUCACUCACCCGCUCUGACUCUCUAGCUCGUUCAGAGUCUGAUGUGACUCGUGACUCUCCUAGACCGCGUACCAAAUCUAGAGAGACAGAUGAUGAAGAGGAGGAAGAGGAGGAGCAGAGUAUAGAAGAGAAGAGUCGCAGUGUUACCAGUCUUAUUGGGAAGCUAGCAAGUGAAGGAGUAAUGAAGAGGUCUCCAGACAUGAGUGCAAGGAAGGCUUCAACGUCAUCUAACAUCAGUUCUAUCGAUGACAAAAGUCGUAGUGAGGAAGAUGGUAAAGAAGACUCCCCUCCUAGGAAGAUGGUUGGCUUACCCAAGAUUGGUAUGGGUAUUGGUGGCAACAUCCUUGCUGAGAUGAAGAUGAUGCAAGAGAAGCGAACAUCAUUCCUACCCAAGGAGGAAGAUAGAGACCGAGAAGAAAAGAAAGAAAUCCCUUCCAGUAGCCUCCUAUCUGGUGUCAGACUACGAUCAACUGGCCUUGCCGACAGCCUCAAGUCUCCUACCAAUGGUUUCCCACGAGGCUCUGGUGGAAAUAAAUCGCCAAAUUGUAACAGAGAUUCUUGUAUUGAUUCAACAGGACUGAGCCCGAACACCAAGCCUGUGAUCACCGCCCUCAAACCUAAGCCCCUUCCCCCUCUCGCACCUAAACCACGACCCAAGUCUGUCAUUGGAGGAGACCGCAGAUCAGGUAAUAAUCAAGGGUCUGUUACGUGUUAUGGCCAAGAAUAAAUUGAACAAAGUAUU